GAUGAAUUUAACCGAAUCUCUGUGGAGGUGCUCUCUGUGGUAGCAGUACAGGUUAAGAGCAUCCAAGAUGCUGUCAGAGAUAAAAAGAAGCGGUUCAACUUCAUGGGAGAGGAGGUCAACCUCGUCUCCUCUGUUGGGAUCUUCAUUACCAUGAAUCCUGGAUAUGCCGGGAGGACAGAAUUGCCUGAGAAUCUGAAAGCACUUUUUCGACCUUGUGCCAUGGUGGUGCCAGACUUUGAGUUAAUCUGUGAGAUUAUGCUGGUGGCAGAAGGCUUCAUUCAAGCCAAGAUUUUGGCCAGGAAGUUCAUUACCUUGUAUCAGCUGUGUAAAGAGCUUCUUUCAAAGCAGGACCACUAUGACUGGGGCUUGCGGGCCAUCAAAUCCGUGCUGGUGGUAGCAGGGUCAUUGAAAAGGAGUGAUCCUGACCGCCCUGAGGAGCAGGUGCUUAUGAGAGCUCUGCGAGACUUCAACAUCCCCAAGAUUGUGACUGACGACAUGCCCGUGUUCAUGGGCCUCAUUGGAGACCUGUUCCCUGCACUGGAUGUCCCUCGUAAAAGGAACAUGGAAUUUGAGAAGUUUGUCAAACAAUCUAUCCUGGACCUCAAGCUGCAGGCUGAGGACAACUUUGUUCUGAAGGUGGUGCAGCUAGAGGAGCUCCUUGCUGUCAGGCACUCAGUGUUUGUAGUGGGUAAUGCUGGCACAGGAAAGUCACAGGUGAUGAAAUCGAACAAGACCUACCACAACAUGAAACGCCGUCCCGUGUGGUCUGACCUCAACACCAAAGCUGUCACCAACGAUGAACUUUUUGGCAUCAUCAACCCAGCCACCCGGGAGUGGAAAGAUGGGCUUUUCUCCAAUAUCAUGCGUGAGCUGGCUAACAUUAGUCAUGAUGGACCAAAGUGGAUUGUGCUUGAUGGAGAUAUUGACCCAAUGUGGAUUGAAUCUUUGAACCACCGUCAUGGAUGUAACAAGGUGCUGACUCUGGCAAGUAAUGAGAGAAUACCACUGAACCCAACUAUGAGGCUGGUUUUUGAGAUCAGCCACCUGCGAACUGCCACACCUGCCACUGUGUCCCGAGCUGGCAUCCUAUACAUAAACCCAGCAGAUUUGGGCUGGAAUCCUCCAGUGAGCAGCUGGAUUGACAAGAGAGAGGUCCAGUCUGAGAAAGCCAACUUGACUAUUCUCUUUGAGAAGUACCUACCUCCUUGUCUUGACAGUCUCAGGACAAGAUUUAAGAAGAUCAUCCCUAUUCCAGAACAAAGCAUGGUACAGAUGCUUUGUCACCUUCUGGAUUGUCUGUUGACACCUGAGCACCCUCCAGAUAGUCCAAAGGAACUGUAUGAGCUCUUCUUUGUCUUCUGUGCCAUUUGGGCAUUUGGAGGUGCCAUGUUCCAGGAUCAGCUGGUUGAUUACAGAGUAGAGUUCAGUAAAUGGUGGGUGUCAGAAUUCAAAACUAUCAAGUUCCCAUCUCAAGGCACUGUAUUUGACUACUACAUCGACCCUGAGACAAAGAAGUUUGAACUAUGGUCAAAAAUGAUUCCUCCGUUUCGUUUUGAUCCAGAUAUUCCUCUGCAGGCUUGCUUGGUGCAUACCACUGAGACAAUUCGGAUUCGUUACUUCAUGGACCGAUUGCUUGAGAGGAGGCUCCCAGUCAUGUUGGUGGGAAACGCAGGAACGGGAAAAUCAGUUCUGGUUGGUGAUAAACUGGGUUCCUUGGAUCCAGAUAAGUACAUGAUCAAGAACGUGCCCUUCAACUAUUACACAACAUCAGCUAUGCUGCAAGCCAUUUUAGAAAAGCCUCUGGAGAAGAAGGCUGGUAGGAACUAUGGCCCCCCUGGGAGCAAGAAUCUGAUCUACUUCAUCGAUGACAUGAACAUGCCAGAAGUAGAUGCCUAUGGAACAGUGCAGCCUCACACGCUCAUUCGACAGCACAUGGACUACAUGCACUGGUAUGACAGAAUCAAGCUAGUUCUAAAGGAGAUCCACAACGUGCAGUAUGUGUCCUGCAUGAAUCCCACCGCGGGCAGCUUCACCAUCAAUCCACGGCUGCAGCGACACUUCUGCGUGUUUGCACUCUCUUUUCCUGGUGCGGAUGCCCUGAGUACCAUCUACUGCAGCAUUUUAACCCAGCGUCUCCGUGGGGAGGGCUUUCCGCCAGUCCUGCAGAAAAGCUGCCCCCAGGUCAUCCAACUGUCACUGGCUGUGCACCAAAAGGUGACUGCCACCUUUCUACCCACGGCCAUCAAGUUCCAUUAUAUCUUCAACCUCCGUGACCUCUCCAAUAUAUUCCAGGGAGUUCUGUUUUGUUCAUGUGACUGCCUGAAGACUGUCCAAGACUUGGUGAAGAUUUACAUGCACGAGUCUCAAAGAGUCUACAGAGACAAGAUGGUUGAAGAGAAGGACUUUGAAACUUUUGACAAGAUUAUUCAUGAUUCAGUAAAAAAGUUUUUUGAGGACAUAGAUGCGACCCUUGAAGAAGCUAAGGCCAUGAAUAUGUACUGUCACUUUGCCACUGGCAUUGGGGAGCCAAAAUACAUGCCUGUGCAGUCAUGGGAAUCCCUCAACAAGAUAUUGAUGGAGGCACUGGAGAACUACAACGAAGUCAAUGCUGCUAUGAGUCUGGUUCUUUUUGAAGAUGCUAUGUCACACAUUUGUCGCAUUAACCGAAUCUUAGAAUGCCCCAGAGGAUACGGACUUCUGGUAGGAGUGGGCGGCAGUGGUAAACAGAGUCUGACAAGGCUUGCAGCAUUCAUAAGCUCCUUGGAGGUGUUUCAGAUUUCUCUUAGGAAAGGCUACAACAUCCCUGAUCUCAAGACUGAUUUAGCUGGACUGUACAUCAGAGCUGGGGUGAAGAAUAUUGGCACAGUAUUCUUAAUGACUGAUGCCCAGGUGGCAGAUGAAAAGUUCCUGGUCCUAGUCAAUGAUCUUUUGGCAUCAGGUGAGAUCCCUGAUCUGUUUCCGGACGAUGAAGUGGAAAAUAUAGUAGGAAACAUGAGGAAUGAGGUGAAAUCACUAGGACUGAUAGACACCAGGGAGAACUGCUGGAAGUUCUUCAUUGACCGUGUGCGAAGGCAGCUGAAGGUUGCCCUCUGCUUCUCUCCUGUGGGCAACAAGUUGCGGGUGCGAAGCAGGAAGUUCCCAGCCUUGGUCAACUGUACUUCCAUCGACUGGUUCCACGAGUGGCCGCAAGAAGCCCUUGAAUCAGUUAGCUUUCGGUUCCUCCAGGACAUUGAGCAAAUACAGCCAGUAUUAAAGGACUCUGUCAGUAAGUUCAUGGCCUACGUCCAUACCAGUGUCAAUAAGAGUUCCAGGGCUUACCUGGCCAGUGACCGGCGCUACAACUAUACCACACCCAAGUCCUUCCUGGAGCUGAUCAAGUUGUAUCAGAACCUGUUGUCCCGGAAGGGCAGAGACCUGGCCCUUAAAACCGAGAGGCUGGAGAAUGGGCUCCAGAAGCUCAAUAGCACGUCUUCCCAGGUGGAUGACCUGAAAGCCAAGCUGGCUGCCCAGGAAGUGGAGCUGAAGCAGAAGAACGAGGAUGCAGACAAGCUAAUCCAGGUGGUUGGGGUGGAGACAGCGAAGGUCAGCAAGGAGAAGGCUGUGGCUGAUGAAGAGGAGAAGAAAGUGGCGGUUAUUGCUGAGGUUGUAAUGGGGAAGCAGCGGGAUUGUGAAGAGGACCUGUCCAAAGCUGAACCCGCCCUGAUAGCUGCCCAGGAAGCCCUCAACACUCUGAACAAGAACAACUUGACGGAGCUGAAGUCCUUCGGCUCCCCCGUGGCUGCUGUUACCAACGUGACUGCGGCCGUCAUGGUGUUGAUGGCUCCUGGUGGCCGUGUCCCCAAGGACAGGAGCUGGAAGGCAGCAAAGGUGAUGAUGGCCAAGGUUGAUGCCUUCCUGGAUGCGCUAAUCAACUUUAAUAAGGAAAACGUCCAUGAAAACUGCCUCAAGGCCCUCCAGCCCUAUCUCCAGGACCCCGAGUUCCGCCCGGAGCUGGUGGCUGCCAAGUCUUUAGCAGCAGCAGGGCUCUGCUCCUGGGUGAUCAACAUUGUGAAGUUCUAUGAGGUGUACUGCGAGGUGGAGCCCAAGAGACAGGCCCUCAGCAAGGCCAAUGCAGAGCUAGCAGCAGCCCAGGAUAAGCUCACCACAAUAAAAUCCAAGAUUGCUCAACUGAAUGAGAACCUGGAGAAACUGACAGCGAAGUUUGAGAAGGCCACGGCAGAGAAGCUGAAGUGCCAGCAGGAGGCCGAUGCCACGGCAUACAUCAUUUCUCUUGCCAACCGCCUGGUAGGGGGGCUUGCAUCAGAGAAUGUUCGCUGGGCUGAAGCUGUGAGUAAUUUCAAGCACCAGGAGAAAACACUUUGUGGAGAUGUGUUGCUGAUCACAGCCUUUGUGUCCUACCUGGGAUAUUUUACAAAGAGCUACCGCCUGGAACUGAUGGACAAGACCUGGAGGCCUUACCUGAGCGAGCUCAAGGUGCCGGUUCCAGUGACACCAGACUUGGACCCAUUAACAAUGCUGAUGGAUGAUGCAGAUAUUGCCGCUUGGCAAAACGAGGGACUUCCUGCAGACAGGAUGUCAACAGAAAAUGCCACAAUCCUAACCAGCUGCGAGCGCUGGCCUUUAAUGGUGGACCCCCAGCUGCAAGGAAUCAAAUGGAUCAAAAAUAAAUAUGGAGAAGCCCUCAGAGUUAUCAGGAUAGGCCAGAGAGGAUAUCUUGAUUCUGUGGAAAUGGCCUUGUCUUCUGGUGAAGUAGUUUUGAUUGAAAAUUUGGAAGAGAAUGUGGACCCAGUUUUGGGACCUUUGCUUGGUCGAGAGACUAUAAAGAAGGGGAAGUGCAUAAAAAUUGGAGAUAAAGAGUGUGAGUACAACCCCAACUUCCGUCUCAUCCUUCACACGAAGCUGGCGAAUCCCCAUUACCAGCCAGAGCUGCAGGCCCAGUGCACCCUCAUCAAUUUCACAGUAACACGGGAUGGCCUCGAGGAUCAGCUUUUGGCAGCUGUGGUCAGUAUGGAACGACCAGACCUGGAAGAGCUGAAGUCAAACCUCACAAAGCAGCAAAAUGGUUUCAAGAUUACUUUAAAAACUCUUGAAGAUAAUCUGCUGUCCCGUCUAUCUUCUGCUUCUGGAAACUUCUUGGGUGACACUGAGCUGGUGGAGAAUCUUGAGACAACCAAACAGACAGCUGCAGAGAUUGAAGAAAAGGUAAAAGAGGCCAAGGUGACAGAAGUCAAAAUCAAUGAAGCGAGGGAGCACUACCGCCCAGCAGCAGCCCGAGCUUCCUUAUUGUACUUCAUAAUGAACGACCUCAAUAAAAUCCAUCCCAUGUAUCAGUUCUCUCUGAAGGCAUUCAGUGUGGUAUUUCAGAAGGCAGUCCUGAAGGCAGCUCCAGAUGAAGUGCUGAAGCAGAGGGUUGCUAACAUCAUCGACAGCAUUACGUCUUCGGUUUACCAGUACACCACACGUGGCCUCUUUGAGUGUGAUAAACUCACCUACACAGCUCAGCUUGCCUUCCAGAUAUUGCUGAUGAAUAAAGAAAUCAAUCCGAUAGAGCUGGAUUUCCUUCUGAGGUACCCUGCUCAGCCUGGUGUGAUAUCACCAGUCGACUUUCUCUCCAAUCAGUCAUGGGGUGGAAUAAAGGCUUUAAGUGCCAUGGAUGAGUUCCGAAAUUUGGACCGUGACAUAGAGGGAUCUGCCAAGCGCUGGAAGAGGUUUGUGGAGUCAGAGUGCCCAGAGAAGGAUAAGUUCCCUCAGGAGUGGAAGAACAAGACGGCUCUUCAGAAACUCUGCAUGAUGAGGGCAAUACGGCCUGACCGGAUGACCUACGCUGUGAGGGAUUUCGUAGAGGAGAAACUGGGCAACAGAUACGUGGCGGGCCGGUCCCUGGAAUUCGCCAUCUCCUUUGAAGAAUCUGGGCCAGCGACUCCCAUGUUCUUUAUCCUGUCUCCCGGUGUUGACCCACUUAAGGAUGUAGAGAAACACGGACGAAAACUAGGUUACACCUUUGACAACAUGAACUUCCACAAUGUGUCCUUGGGCCAGGGACAGGAAGUAGUGGCUGAACAAGCCCUGGACCUCGCAGCCAAGGAGGGCCACUGGGUUAUCUUGCAGAACAUCCAUCUGGUGGCUAAAUGGCUAAGCACAUUGGAGAAGAAGCUAGAGCAACACAGUGAGGGAGGUCACGAGAACUUCCGAGUGUUCAUCAGCGCCGAGCCUUCUGGGACUCCGGAGUCGCACAUAAUCCCUCAGGGCAUCCUGGAGAACUCCAUCAAGAUCACCAAUGAGCCUCCCACUGGGAUGCAUGCCAACCUCCACAAGGCCCUGGACAACUUCAACCAGGAUACAUUGGAGAUGUGUGCCCGUGAGAAUGAGUUUAAAAGCAUCCUCUUUGCCCUUUGCUACUUUCACGCAGUGGUGGCUGAGAGGAGAAAAUUUGGUCCACAGGGUUGGAACAGAAGCUACCCCUUUAACACAGGGGACCUGACUAUCUCCGUGAAUGUGCUCUACAACUAUCUAGAGGCCAACUCAAAGGUUCCUUAUGAUGACCUUCGUUAUCUGUUUGGUGAGAUCAUGUAUGGCGGUCAUAUCACGGAUGACUGGGACCGCAGGCUGUGUCGAACCUACCUGGAAGAGUUUGUCAAACCCGAGAUGAUGGAGGGAGAUGUCUACCUGGCCCCAGGCUUCCCUUUGCCUGGAAGCAUGGACUACAAUGGUUACCACGAGUACAUUGACGAGACUCUCCCUGCCGAAUCCCCAUACCUGUAUGGGCUGCAUCCCAACGCUGAGAUCGGAUUCCUCACCCAGACCUCAGAGAAGCUCUUCCGGACCGUGCUGGAGAUGCAGCCUCAAGACAGCAGUGCUGGAGAGGGCACUGGGGGCACAAGAGAGGAGAAGGUGAAGGCAGUCUUGGAUGAUGUCAUGGAGAAACUGCAUGAGGAGUUCAACUUGCCAGAGCUGAUGUCGAAGGUGGAGGACCGGACACCAUACAUUGUGGUUGCCUUCCAAGAGUGUGAGCGCAUGAACUUCCUCACGCAGGAAAUCAAACGCUCAUUGAAGGAACUCAAUCUAGGUUUGAAGGGAGAGCUGACAAUGACAAGUGACAUGGAGAACCUGCAGAAUGCUUUGUUUCUUGACCAAGUGCCUGAAUCCUGGACAAAACGGGCUUACCCUUCAAUAUCGGGCCUCGGCGCCUGGUUUGUGGACCUCCUCAACCGCAUUAAGGAACUGGAGACUUGGACAUCAGACUUCACCCUGCCCUCAGUGGUGUGGCUGGCUGGCUUCUUCAAUCCACAGUCCUUCCUGACAGCUAUUAUGCAGUCCAUGGCCCGAAAGAAUGAGUGGCCCCUGGACAAGAUGUGCCUGCAGUGUGACGUGACCAAGAAGUCUCGUGAGGACUUCAGCAGCCCGCCACGUGAGGGAGCCUACAUACACGGACUCUUCAUGGAGGGAGCACGUUGGGAUACCCAGACAGGGAUAAUGGCAGAAGCCAGACUGAAGGAGCUGACUCCAUCAAUGCCUGUCAUCUUCAUAAAAGCCAUUCCCGUUGACAAGCAAGACACUCGCAACGUGUAUCAAUGCCCUGUGUACAAGACUCGGCAGAGAGGACCUACGUUUGUGUGGACCUUCAACCUGAAGACCAAGGAGAACCCAUCCAAGUGGACCCUGGCUGGUGUUGCUCUGCUGCUGCAGGUUUAGAGCAUGAGACAUAAGAUCUCUUGACACCUUUAUAGCACGUGACAUUAUUGUUCAAGGAAAUUCUGUUUAUCUAAUGUUUUACCCCUCAUUCAAAAAUCAUAAAUCAGUUGCUUCUCUUAAUUUAUGCUUAACUCCUUCUCCAUAAUGAUUAUAUGUAUCUUUAAUUUAUGCAUGAUUCAUAUAAUCUUGUACUCAACAAUGAGGAUUUUCCACUUGUACAACAAAAUCUGCAAAUUAUUCAUACAUUUAGUUGACACCUUUUGGGUUUUAUAUUAAGCUGCUGACAAAGAUUUUUUAAUUUGUAUGGCUAGGGAGUUUUUACUUCAUAAAUUCAGGGUAAGUACAGUGAUCUAGGGCACCAAGGCCUUUACUUGAAAGGCAGUGGCUCUAACCACUGUUUACUGCUGCUCCAAAUUACCACUAAACAACUUUCAUUUGGUGUAGUUUUGAAAACAUGUAUGUUAAGAGGUUUAUGAUGAUUGAAGGUUUAUGAUUAAGUACUGAGGCUAUGUAAAAAUGGGGCGGCACGUGGAAAGGUGGUAAUAAUGACACUUGAAAACAACAGAAGUAGCAUAUUGGUUUUCUGGUUUGGAUAAACCUCUUCAUGUUGGACUGUUGAGCAAGGUAUUUACUCUUAACUGAUAGUGUAAGAAUACAAAACGGUAUACUGUAGAUGGGUGUAAAUCAUUGUAAAGUUUCUUUGGAUAAAGAUCUUUACUAAAAUGUUUAUUUUUCUUUCAUAUGCCCAUGCAUUUGUCCCAAGCAACAUAGAGUGCUUGCAUACUAAGCUAUUACAUUUUUCAUGCUUUUAUACUGUUAAGUUUUUUUCUUUUGCUAGGGCAAUUAUAUAACAAUAUAAUAAAAUAUCGUGCCUCUGUUACCCUAAGAUCUGAUCAGCCUUCAGAAACGCAGAAAAGAUGACUAGACUGUCUGCAUAACUCUCUAAUAAGAAUAAUUAUAUAUUCUAAAACAAUGCAAUGUCAAUUUUCCUUUAGCAGAGCUGAAAAUCUAUAUGAGAAAAGACAAACCUGUGUUUUUUGUGUGUUUAUACUGACUUUCACACAUCACAACAUAAUUACAUCCU